AUGUGGUUCGUGAUAAUCACCUCUGAAAAGAACGCUUUGAUUGAUAACAAUGGAUUUACGAUACAGGGUGGCCGAGCGGCAACUUUUCCUCUAAAUUUACUAGGAUGGGAGGUGGAUGUUGUCAAUACGGUCAAACUGAGGAGACUUCAAGCUGUCCUAGGAGACAAUGGGAAACUCUAUGUGGCGGCAGAU